AUGGCUCCUCCAGUAUCUCAGGUCGCUUAUGACCUGGUUGUGAUUACAUGUCUUGUUAUAUUAAUCCCUGGUAUGAUCUGGGUCAUUCUUGCUUCACCUAUCAUUACUCAAACAACACCGUCAUUCAUUGUAGCAGCCAUCACAGCUAUUGCUACCUUGUUCACCUCAGUUGUGAAAAGCCGAAUUCAGCACGGUCUCAUGCGACACCUCGAAGCACCGUUGCGAAGCAUCAAUAAUGCACCAGAAGCUGAACAGCUCGUUCAAAGGCGCUUAAUCGAUCGAAAGUGGCGAGCGGUGCUUAGAAUUGAAGGCUUCACAGAGACAUGGCACACCCAGCAUAUAUUCUUGGUAUAUUUACUCAGUGGUCUGUUGACAACAGCCCUGGUCACUACCUUCACUCCAACAGCUGGCACUCAGACCAUUAAUUAUGAGCCUCUUGUGCCAGGUGCGACUUACCCAUUUACUGACAACGGAACCUCCAACGCGUGCGCUGGAGUCAUGAAAGGCCGCACCGUUCAAGGAACCUUUGGAUGGGACACAUCAAACGACACAAUUUUCUUUUCUUCUUGGCUGAAGGAUUGUCCAUCUUCACGCGUCCUGGCGCAUGUAUCCAACAUCAACAAUCAAAAUCCAGAAGAGUUUGCAUACGUGCAGGCAGGAGUAGCAAUCCACCGUACGGCAAUGGGCGCAUCAACAAAUCUAUUCCUCGGCACAGCAUUCAAAAACCUAAACAAGCAAUAUGGGAAAUUCUUAAAAACCACAACCCAGUGUGUUCCUGUCAUGACUAAAAAUCCAGUCACUUGUUAUAAAGGAGGGGGUAAACUUGAACGAGUUCCUGGUCAAGACCGCGAACUACUCUUUACCGGGGAUGGGUCUUUAAAGGGUCAAGCUCGACCGGUAGGAACUGCCAGAAACCUCUCCGUGAGUAGCGCUAUGGUUAACUACCUGUGGCUUCUCCCUCUCCCGUCCGGUGCUGUCGGCACCUCAGUCGCCGUUUUCAGUGCUAUGAAUGACCCAAAGGCUGAAACUCGCUUCUAUCAAGACUUGGCUCGUACAAUUAACGACCCUGAUAAAGACGCGGGGACAAGAGGAUCAGAAACCUAUGUGGUUACCUGUGACUACAACCCCCAAGACUCUUUCGAGUAUCGACUGGUAACUCUCGAUCUGCAGGCCGCUUCAGUCACCAGCAACUACACCAGUGCAGCCUACAGUCGUCUCUUAAAAGGAGGUCCAUCACGCACACCUACCAAUAAAACCGUCAGUAACCUUCACUUCGCUGCAGUUGGGACUUCAGCGUACAAAAUGAUCAUGGAAGGUUUUGGUCUCGAUGGAUAUUUUACCAGCGUCAAACGCAUAGCUGGUACAGACCGGAAACCCCCGUACGCCUUUAAUAACAGUCGCAAUGGGCUAGAAGAUACGCUGGGUGUUAUUUCUGCCAUCGCGGUGUCUACAAUGGAUCUUCUGGAUGACGCCGUUGUAGCAAGUGCAGUUGAAGGAAAAGGAGGCAAGGCAGAGGCCACUAUAGAUGUGAAGCGGCUAGGUGGAAAUCGUUAUGUCCUCAUUUUCAUCAUUCCCCCUGCUCUCAGCCUCUUGACAUUGUUGUACUUCUUUGUCACAAGCUUUCAAUCAGUUUGCCAGCUUGGUGGAGGUGUCACGGAUGGAAAGCGGCCAAAGCGUUAUGCGGCAGAGAGUAUCAGGGAGAUCAUCACUCUUAGACAGCCUGCACAGGGAGAGAUUCAACCUGUCGAACAACAGCCUUUGAUGCGGCCACAUGGAGUUUGA